GCCUCACUCAAUUCCCGAACCAUCGUCUCCAACUGAAGUCGCGCAUCGUCGCUUUGUUCUCUAGGACUACUGUUUGCAUUUGCGCUGUCUCUCGCCGUUGGUCAUGUCCGAGUCUGCCUGAAGCUGGCACUCCGCCAGCCGAGUCCGACAACCCGCAGUGCCCGACAUCGCAUCCCUCGAGGACAGACAACGUACCUGUGUAUCCCUCCAUUGUCGUCUGAGCAGCAACUUCGACAUUAACACCAUACCGACACAAUGCGAAUCCGCUUUCCCUUCGCAAUCACUUUCGUCAUCCUCUUGGUAUUCUCGUCGAGUCUAGGCCUGCUCCCUCACUCGUCCCUCCCCUCAACACCAGCCGCAGCGCAACCCUACAUCCCUUCGCAGUCCGACAAGGCAUUACACUUCAUAUGCUUCUUCCUCCUCACUCUGACGUUUUACUUCAUCCUUGACACCUCUCGGCGGCGGGUGAUUCAUCUGACCUUGAUCGUAUGCACAUUGCUCUUGGGAGUGGGCAGUGAAAUUGCACAGGGACUCUUGCCUAAUGAUCGUGAGUUUGACGCUUGGGAUGUUCUAGCAAAUGUCGUGGGGAGUCUUGCAGCACUGGGCUUAGCGAGCGCAUAUCAUCGUCGGGCCGCCGAACGGAGGAGAAGGGCGAAAUAUUCUGCGCUGACGGGUGACGGCUUGGAAGGUGAAGACCUAGAAUUGGGCGAGGGCACAAAUGGUACCUUACGCUCGUCCGACGUCGACGGCGAGGAAGGACAAGAGACCGGUGUCGCGCCGGCGCGGACGGUGGAGGACGAGCUAGACAAUUGGGAUGAAAACGCUCCAGAUGAUGCCUGGGAUGAAGAUGACGAUACAACGGCAACCAGUGGACAAAACACGAAGGUGACGCCUUCGACGAGCUCGGUUGGGAGCGAGGAACCGCCAAAAAAGGUUGCAGUAGACUAACAAGUCAGGAUUCCGGGGUUGUCUGGUAUAUGGUAGGAGCGGAAUGAGACAAAAUGGGGCACAUGAAUAUGCAGCGCAUCGAACCGAAUCGGACCAAGAUAUCUACGGAAUGUACGACUACUCGCCUCCCGUGCUUUGUCUCAAGGGAUCGCAAUGAUUUAGGCCAGAUCAGAUAUAGUAAUGAAGGGAAUCGAUCAGAAAGGCGCUGCACUUCAACUACACUAUUUCCCGG